AGGAAAAAUGGCAGGGGUGAAAAAAUGGAACGAGGUGACAACAGCUGCAGAAUUAACAAAAUCAAGCAAUCCGCUUGCUAUGCUCAUUGCCAUUGACAAAGGUGACAUCACUAAGUUUGAAAUUGAUGCCAUCGUUAACGCCGCCAACAGCUCGCUUUUAGGUGGUGGUGGUGUUGAUGGAGCCAUUCACCGUGCGGCAGGCCGACGCUUAUAUGAUGAAUGCAAAAAGCUGAAUGGUUGCAAAACUGGGGAGGCUAAAAUAACCGGAGCUUACGAUAUGAAACAUAUCAAACAUGUAAUACACACAGUAGGACCCCAAGUUCACUCUAAAGUUUCCGAAGAACAGCGGAAUCAGUUGAAAUCUUGCUACAUUCAAUCUCUUAAUAUUGCCAUUGCGAAUAAUUUGAGGACUAUUGCUUUUCCAUGUAUUUCGACAGGCGUGUAUGGUUAUCCAAAUGAUGAUGCGUGUAAUGUUGUUGUCACUUCCGUUUUGGCAUGGUUGAAAGAAAAUAGGGACAAAAUUGAUAGAAUAAUUUUCGUCACAUUUUUGGACAAGGAUUACGACUUGUAUGAGAAAUGCCUGAAAGAAAGACUAACUUAAUGUAAGAAGCUUGUGCAUGAACCUAAGUUUUCUUCCUUUCUCCGAUAAUAUUGUAUUAUCAAUAUGUCGGCUGUUUACAGCUAUCCUGCUUUUUUGGCGACUUCUGGAAUUUUCUUAUGAAUAAACUUGAUGUAAAUGUAGAUGAACAUCUUGAAAAAUAUUAUUCAUUUUUAACAUUAAUUAACAAAUAAGUAUUAUGGCGCCCUUACUGUUUUUAUUUUUAGCAAGGAAUUUCAAAG